AUGAACGCUCCAAUGCAGCCAAAUUUUGCCCGGGGCUUUCCCCCGACCGCCCAGCGAUCUCCGGCCACUCCCCGUCGCGUACCUGGACCAGGUCAAAUGCCUGUACAAAUGCCCCAACACGCCAUUCCCGCUCAGUACAUGCCUGCUGCACGCCCGAUGCAGCCUGUCCCAGAGCCCCCUCGUCGCGCCCAUAAACCUUCUGACAAGAAUAUUCCUGAAGGCGUUGAAAAUGUGAUCGUCUGUGAGGGUGUUCAGCAAUACAAGAACCUUCGCGAUUUGGAAAAACGACUCGAUGCGUCUGUGGUGCGGAAAAGACUGGACAUUCAAGACUCAAUUAGUAAGACCGUGAAGAAAUAUCGGACUAUGCGCAUUUGGAUCACCAAUACUGUUGAAAACCAGCCGUGGCAGGGUGCCGGCACCAACCCUGGCUCCGGUCGGUAUAAGGUGCGCAUUGAAGGACGUUUGCUAGAUGAUCACAGCGAUCCUUCUUUUGGAGCCGAGAAUGAUGAAGCCCAGCGCAACACAGCUGGAGACGACGCUAUGGACCAGGACAAGACUGAAGAUGAAAAGAACAAGGAAUCUGACAAGAAGUCCCAGCGCUUGUCGCACUUCUUCAAGACCAUUACAGUGGACUUUGACAAGCCGGCCAAUGCUAUCCCGGAUGAAGUCAAGCCGGUCAAUUGGUCCAAACCACAAUUGGCUUCUAAUGCGACCUCAGCAGCUCCAAGUGCGGAGUUUGAUAGUAUCCAGUUCGCGCGGGCCUCCCAGGAGAACCUGAAUGUUACUAUUGGUCUGGUACGGGAUGAGACACCUGAACGAUUUAAGCUGAGCAAGGAGCUGGCUGAGGUUCUGGAUGUUGAAGAAGAGACUCGAAGCGGCAUUGUGCUUGGAAUUUGGGAUUACAUUCGUGCUAUGGAGUUGCAAGAAGAUGAGGAGAAGCGCACAGUUCGCUGUGAUAGCCGCCUUUAUUCGAUCUUUGGCCGUGAACAAAUGUUCUUCCCACAGAUUCCCGAUAGCAUUGCGCCCCACACCAGCCCUAUCGAUCCGAUUAAGCUUCCAUACACUAUCCGUGUUGAUGAAGAAUUCCACAAAGAUCCCACUCCUACCAUUUACGAUAUUCAGGUCGCCGUGGAAGAUCCUUUGCGUGCAAAGAUGAUGGCUCUUCUGCAGAACCCGCAGUACCUCGCGGGCAUGCGCGAGAUCGCCGCAUUGGAUGACCAGAUUGGUCUCAUCGUCCAGUCGCUCUCACAGUCCCAGGCACGCCACGCCUUCUUUACUGGUCUCAGCGAGGAUCCAGCCUCUUUCAUGAAACGCUGGGUCAGCUCCCAGCGCCGCGAUCUCUCGCACAUUCUUGGCGAUGUCAACGACUCUAGCGGACCUGAGUUCCGCCGGGGUGGCGCUGAUAGUAUCUGGGAAUCUGCUGUAGCAAACGAAGCUGUGCGAUAUAUGCUGGCCAAGCCUGAUGCUGCAGCGCGCUAG